AUGGAAAACAACAGACUUUCCAAAAUUUGCUAUGUACGUCUACUUGAUUUAGAGAAAAAUGUCAUUAGAUUUAAUUGGCUUUCGCAGGUGAAAGAAUACUUUAUAUUUGCCGAUUGUGAAAACUUAUGGCAGCGCUUUCUGAACUAUAACUCGAAAAAGCUCAUGAAUGAUAUUCUGGACGAAUUCAAGGAAAAGCUAAUUUUGUUCGACUCUGAGAGACUUCGAGACGAAGAUUGCCUUUAUGUGAACGUCUACACCCCAGCAUCCAAUCAAUCAAAUCGCUUGCCAGUACUGGUCUACAUACAUGGAGGCGCAUUCAUGUUCAGCUACGGGGGAUCGUAUGGUCCGCAAAUACUGCUCGAUAGAGAUGUCGUUUAUGUCAACUUCAACUACCGCCUCGGACCAUUAGGUUUUUUGAGUACCGAAGAUGACAUCGUACCAGGAAACAAUGGUGUGAAAGAUCAAAUUUUGGCUUUGAAAUGGAUCAAAGACAAUAUCAAAUAUUUUGGUGGUAAUCCCGAUUCAAUCACUAUUCAUGGAAUGUCAGCCGGUGGUGCAAGUGUACAAUUACAUUAUCUAUCACCAAAAUCCAAAGGUCUGUUCUCUAGAGGUAUAUCCCAAAGUGGCACUGCCCUCAACCCUUGGGUAUUAGUUGAAAAAUCUCUGGAAACAGCAAAAAUUUUAUCAUCCUCACUGGGAUGCCCGACAGAAGACAAUAAAUUGAUGCCAUGGUUAUACAAUCCAUUUUCACCAUUCGGGUUGGUAGUAGACAGUUGGUCAAGUGACCCGGUACUACCAAUUCAUCCACUUAAGCUGCUCAAUGAUGGGAAGGUCCAAGACUUACCUUUGUUGAUAUCUUAUACAUCUGCAGAGGGGCUAUAUCCAGCAUCAGAUUUUUACAAUGAUGAACUCCUCGAAUACUUAGACAUACACUGGAAUGAGAUAUUACCACAUAUAUUGCACUACAAUAAUGUAAUAGCAGAAGAUAAACUAAACAUUACCAGUGAGACAAUUCGACUAAAUUAUUUGGGUACUCGUAACCUCAAUAAAGAAAGUUAUCCUGAAUUCGUGCAGAUACUGAGUGAUCGUCUGUUUCUGCAUGACUUGGAGAAAGCUGGAAGAUUACAUGCCAUGGCUGUGAAAUCACCUGUUUAUUGUUACUACUUUAAUUAUAGAGGAGCACAUAGUGAUUCGGAGUUUAGAACAAACAGUACUGAAAACAUAGGCGUCUCACAUGCUGACGAUACCUGCUAUGUGGUCAAAACUAAACUAGAUACCUUAUCCACUGAAGCUGAUCGGAAAAUGAGUGAAAUAUUUGUUGAUAUGUUCUUGUCAUUCAUGAACACUGGGAAACCAAAUACAUCUCCAGAUUGGAAGCCUUUGUCCAGAGAAAGGUAUACCCCUUGGAACCAGUUACAUAUAUCAAGUCCAGAUAGUUUGUUCGCUGAAGAAAAAGAAACAAUAGUAGGCAAAAAAAUUUGGGAUAAGUUGGAGUUUCUUGAGAAUGAGAGAUUAUUCAAACACAAAGAAGAGCUGUGAUUAGGACGUUGAAUAUCUUUAUAACUGAUUAGCUAAUUUUUUAUCAAUUGUCCACUGAAUAAACCAUUUUAUAAUU